AUGGCCAGUACAGAUUUGAAAAUGUAUUCUAGUUUGUCUUUAAAUAGACUUCCGAAUGAUUUGUCGUACUACUACGGUGCAGCAUCUUCUUCUUCUCUUCUACAGAAUACGGAUUUCAUGAGCAGCAGAAAACUACUCCCGGGUCUUUCUUCAAUAUACCCACCACUGGGGUGGAAUGGAGAUGAAAAUAUGUACAAACUUUUAAAACACGUCCCAAAUAAUUCGAUAUUUCCCCGACAACCAGCUUUGCAAAGCCCGCAUGCUCAAGGCUCACCAUAUUUUGGUUACCAUGGCAUGUUUCCAUCUCAAGCAUCUCUCUGGAGAAAUGCGUUUCUAUCAUCCUAUUGGUCGGCAGCCACGGUGCACAGGGGCGUUCAGGCUAGUAGUCUUGUUUGUCAAGAUAGUCUAUGUUCCUGUUCAACGAAAUUUAACACAGAAACUUUCAGUAAUGUUUUGAAACAAAUGUAUCUUUAUGGAAAAGGACCUCAUAUUCAAAAUAUUCCUCCACCCAUGGCAUGUUCUCCAAUGUACAGCGGAACCCCAUUUGCAAAGUUCGGCAAUAGCAGUUUAAAACGAAGUUACUCGCAACAGGAUGAAACAUUUUCACAUACUCCACAUCGCACUGUACUUUAUCAAGAUGUCAUCAAAUCUCAACCUCCAACACCGACUUAUGUAACUACGGAGCCAGAUUCCACAAGACAUCAGUUUUUAAAAAUGAGGAAACUUUCAACAGAAAUUAACAUAAUAAAUUCUCGUGAAGGCAAAGCAACUUCAACAGAGUCGUGGGGAAGCAAUAACAAACAAUCUCUGCAUUCAGAGAAUCAAACGAAAACCCAAAAUUCGAUGAUGCUGAAUUCAUCGAUAUUCAAUGCUAGAACAUCGACGUCUGAAGAUGACAGUGCAAAACCAGACUCAUUUUCAUGCAAGAUAUGUGGAAAAUACUUCAAAGCUCAAUACAAUUUGACAAGACAUAUGCCAGUCCACACUGGCGCUCGGCCAUUUGUUUGCAAAGUAUGUGGAAAAGGUUUUAGACAAGCAAGUACAUUGUGUCGACACAAAAUAAUUCACACCCAGGAAAAGCCCCACGUCUGUAAGAUAUGCGGCAAAGCAUUCAACCGUAGUUCAACAUUAAACACUCACAUGAGAAUUCACACUGGAAUUCGACCGUAUAAAUGUGACAUUUGCGGUAAAGGAUUUCAUCAGAAGGGAAAUUACAAAAAUCACAAGUUAACACAUAGUUCUGAGAAGCAGUACAAAUGCGCCAUAUGCAGUAAAGCUUUCCACCAGGUGUAUAACCUCACCUUCCAUAUGCACACACACGAAGAGAAGAAGCCGUACACAUGUGAAGUAUGCGGGAAAGGAUUUUGCAGAAACUUCGAUCUGAAAAAGCACGCAAGAAAACUUCACCCAGAUAUAGUCCUUAAUUGAAAACUUGAUGAACAAAUAAAAAAGCUCAGUUAUCGGUUACCAUGAGUGACGUACUUUAGAAACAAUUUUUAACGACAAUGUGAGCGUCUUGCGAGCUUAUGCUUGAACCUAAAAUUUUACAGUUAGGCCUGAAAUCGCCGGCACUUC